GUAGCUGCAGAGUCUGAACCUCCGCUGCUCGGACUCGGUGUCAUGAGUCCAACCAGCUGUUCACUGGUCUCUUCUUCCUUUGAUCCACAUUCAGUUCUCACAGGAUGAAAGAAAGAUGUCUGCGUUCAAGUCUCUGGUUGUGUUGAUCCUCUUCAUGUGGACUCUCACCACAGCAGAUGAUGAGGUCUCCUGUGUUUUAGAGGAGAGCUGCAUCUUACCCUGCAGUUUCCAGCCUGGUCCAGACCCAGUCAUUUACUGGUUGAAGGUGGAACCAGGAAACCCUCGUGUCAUCUCCUACUACGGAGCCAGAGAGCAGUUUGCACGCCAGAGCGAACGCUUCAGAGGCCGGACAUCGAUGUUCACAGAUCAGAUCUCCAGAGGAAACGCCUCCAUCAGGCUGACGGGGCUGCAGCUUCAGGACCAGGGCCGAUACGAGUGCUACGUCACCAUCACUGGAGUCAACGAGGAGUCAGUGAUCAACCUGAGAACAGAUGCUCCGGUGCGUCACGUGGACAUUGAGCAGGUGGAGGACAGCUUCACCUGCCGCUCAGAGGGGAUCUACCCCGAGCCGCAGCUCACCUGGUCCACCAGGCCUCCGUCCUGCGUGACCUUUCCGAGCCAAACCUCAGUGAAGGAGACGGAGCAGCAGCUCUAUGAGAUCAGCAGCACACUGAACCUGUCAGUCAGAGACACUGUUGUGAUCUGCAACCUCAGCACUCGCAGUGGCUGGAGGAGCGUGUUGUGGUAUCAACCCAAUUUCCACUGA